AUGCGGCCAAUGCCCAUCAUCCGCUCCCGCACGGGUUGCUUCACCUGCCGCCGCCGCAAGAAGAAGUGCAACGAGGAGAAACCAAUCUGCAUUGGCUGUAAGCGCAACAAGCUCGAAUGCCACUGGCCCACCGAACCCAACCAGGUUCUCCAUGCGCGACCCAAGCCCUCGACUUCAUCCAGCGCCGCGGCCAAGGUCGCCUCUGGCCAGACCGUCGCAGCGUCCUCUUCAUCUUCCUCUCAGCCGACUCUCGCUAGCGUUGGGCCCAAUGCGCCACCGCAAUUGAUGCUAAACAUCAACUCUCCCGCCCGCUCACGAUCCGACUCCUCUCCCGACGCCGCGCUCAACGUCUCGCCGCGCACCAUAUUCACAAACCCCCGCCCCAGGGCCCUCUCCAACUCCUCCUCACACGACGCCAUAGAUGUCGGCAUCCCGCUGCAUCUUCACGAGGCCCCAGAUGCCGGCCAUCUGGCGUCAUCGCCCAUAAUUGAACUGAUAUCCCCCUCGCUCCUCGACGACAAACACGCCGUCAUGGACGAAGACGACCUCGCCUCCCCCUCUUCUUCUUCCGGCAAUCUCGCCAUGACACUCCGAUCACAGCUCCUUCAAGGCGCAGACGCUGGCAUGUGGGGGAUUGCGCCCACCAUUUCCAUGCUGCCGUCCCAAGGGAACGAGUCGCUGGAGCUGCUCAGCCACUACCUGUCGCGGACGGCAAACAGCAUGGGCAACGGCUCGACUGACGUCAACCCCUUCGUUUCGCAGCUGGUCCCGAUUGCCUUUUCGAACCCGCUGGUGCUGCAGCUCAUUCUGGCACAGAGCGCAUCGCAUCGACAAGCAUCGGGCGGCGAGAUCCAGGGCAACGAGGUGGCGCAAAAGUACUACACGGAUUCGUUACGCAUGUUCCGCAACGUCGUGGACGAGUACAUGUCGGGCAAAGAAGAAAACACGCUCGACCUAACCAUUGGCAGCUUGAUUCUGUCCCUCACCGAAGUGGCCCGCGGCGACAAGCGCGGCACCAUCUUUGACCACCUCAAGGCAUCCGAGUCGAUGCUGACGCUGCUCAUCAACCGGCCCCAGUCAGAAGUGCCCAGCGACUUGGCCGAUUUCCUGGUCGAAUACUACCUACACAUGACGGCAGCCAGCAUGAUCUCAACAGACCCGCGGCACAAAGUCCCGUCGCUGAGCCCCGAGGUCGAAGCCAUGGCGCGAAGCCUCGUAGAAAAGGGCUACAUUGGCCAACUGGCCGGCUGCUGGCUGGAGCUGCUACUUAUCAUCCCACAAAUCUUCCACCUUGGCCAGCGCAUGAUGGCCUCCGAACACAACGGCAAGACGAUACCCAACCCAGACGACAUUAUGACGUUUGGCUUUCUGCAGUCGCAGAUUAUGGCCUACUUCCCCGACCCAGCAGCCAAUCCGUACUCGCGGCUCGCCGGGCUCGUCUUUAAACAGGCAACGCUACUCUACCUCUGGAGUAUCCUGGGCACACCCACCAAGCAAGAUGCUGCAGCAGACGCCGCUGAGCCCAAGACAGGCAGCCACAAGAGCUUCAUCACCAUGGCCGUCGCAGAAGCCAUUUCUAUUCUCAGCCAGUUCCCCGCGACACUGCGCAUCAACACGAGCCUGUGCUGGCCGCUAGCCGUCAUUGGCUGCUGCACGACAGACCCAGAUGUACAGAGUAUCCUGCGGGAGCGGCUGCGCACGAUGCUGACGACGAUUGGACUGGGCAAUAUGCGCGAGACGCUGACGCUGCUGGAGCAUGUGUGGGCGCAGCCGGCGGAGGAUAUGAGCCCGUGGCUGCUGGCACGGUCGAUGCAGGAGCACCGCAUCUGGAUCUCGUUUGCAUAG